AUGACCGCAAACAGGGACAUGGCUGGUGCUUUAUUUGUUUGUCUAAACGGAGGCGUCAGGCGAUACGCAUCAACAGCCUCUAUUUUAUGGGAGCAGUCGUUGCGUUUGGCCUAUAAGACCGCCGUUGUCAUACGAGAUGUCAAUUCAAAAGCCGCACGUCCGCUUCUGGUAUUGCCUUUGAAGAGGGGCCCGGCUCCAACCCAGCGAUAUGAUGGCGACACUUUGAGGGCUAUGGAUAACUCCGGACACAUUCCACUUUCAUACCGUGAUACCACAGAGGCGGAUUCUACAAGGACCUGGCAACCCGAACGAGAACCCGUAAGCCCCAUCGUUAUUCAAUUCAAAGCGGCGCCGUGCGUGACAGACGCGAACACGCCCACCGGGCCGCGACUCGACCUCAGAGAGGACCAGGGCGGGGCCUUCGGCAUAGGCGACAGUUCCUUGGGCGACGGACUGUACACCAGCCAUAUUGGCGCUCCAAGGGAUCUGGUCGCGAAUAGUUUCUUUGCCGUCGGCCCUCUGACACGUUAUCCGCCUGAAGGUACUAAAUCUGGUCCUCAAGAAUUUGCCAUGUAUUGGAUUGGGUCGCCGCCUUACGACAUGGAGCACAUUGCGCCUCUGACUGAUAAAAUCUUCCGUGCGAUUGCACGAUUCUUUGGAGAUUCCAGCGAGCCAUUCCGCGUCUUUAUUCGCCGGGUUUGGAAUGGUCAUGGGGGCACUGGGGGACACAGAUCAUUCCUGUUAGAAUAUAGCUCUAACACAUUUGAAGAGCAGAACGAAGAUGCAUUGAUUGAUCUUCUAGCCCAUAAAACAGUACAUAGUGAAUAUCCGUUGUUAUGGCCUGAGAACAUCAACAAUAUGUGGUAUGAUGAAGGUGUUGCAAACUACUAUGCCACGAUUGAGUCUUACGAGCAAGGAGCUGUCGGUCGCAACGACCUGAUCAAAGCUUUGAACAACCAAGCUCAAGCGCAUUAUACAGCCAAUGUCAUCAUUCAUGAAUGGAAAUAUAUACUCAACCAUUAUUGGGACGGCUAUGAUAUGACCAAAGGUGGGUAUGGACGAGGAUUCAUCUACUUGUGUCAGGUGCAAGGUCUUAUCCGUCAAGCAACCAAAGGAAAGAAAGGCGUUGACGAUAUAGUGCUCGCAUUAUACCAGAGACAACUCCAGCCAGAAGAAUUUGACGGCGGUGACUUUCGUGAGCUUUUGAGUGAUAUUAUCGGCGAAGAAGACACCAAUGCAAUCCGCGAAGUUAUGGAAGGUGGCAAAGUCAUCGUGCCUGUUGCAGAUUGUUUCGCCAAGUAUGGUCUGAAGUUAGUCAGACACGACGUGGAAAAAUUCAAACCUGGAUUCGAUCCAAACUCCCUGCGAAAGAAGAAGAUCACAGACCUCGUCAAAGGCUCCCGCGCAGAAAAAGCUGGUCUUCAUGAAGGCGACGAGGUUGUCCACUCAUGGAUGCUGUGGGUUGCAGAUGACGCUCUGGAGAAUAUGAUGCAAGUAACCGUGCUGAGAGACGGUCAAGAGCAGCUUAUUAAGUACUGGCCUAGAAGCCAUGAGAAGGUGCAGAACUGGUUUUGGGUUGAGAUUUAG